UUCUUGAAUUACAGGGAAUAAAAAGAUUUUUUAAGAUGAAAGCCCUAGGUAUCUUUAAUCUGUCGAUGAUGUUUUUAUUUGCAUGGUGCUCUUUAAGUGAAGAUGAAUAUAAGUCUGAUACUUGGCAAUAUGAUUUUGUACUGUGGUGGAGUUAUGCUAAGUUUCCUUUAGCAACAUUUGUUCUUGCAUCCACUUUGACAACAUGGCUUUUUAUUUAUUUUAACAGAGAUCGAUUUCAACUAAAAGGCAAACGUGUUGAAGUUGAAAAUACACCUUUCAAAGUAUAUUAUGGAACUCAAACUGGAAAUGCUAAGUAUUUUAGUGAAAUAUUUAAAGAGUAUGCAGAAAGCAAUGGCAUAAAAACAUCUGUUAUCAACAUGAAAAAUUGUGAACCUGAAGAAGUUCUACUUGAAGAGACAGACAGUAAUUCUCUUUGUGUUUUUAUCAUAUCGACAUAUAUGGGUGGUUCUCCUCCAGAGAGUGCAACCUGGUUUUGCACCUACCUAAAAGAAGCUAGUGAUGAUUUUCGUGUUCAAAAGAAUUUACUUAAAGGAUUGAAGUACACUGUGUUUGGUCUUGGCAACUCGUUAUAUGAAGACCACUAUAAUACUGUUGCUAUUAGUUUGGACAAAUGGCUUCAUAAACUAUAUGCUAAUAAAGUAUUCCCACUUGGACUUGGUGAUGAGAAUGUAUCAAGAAAAGAAAAAGGAACAAUCAGUGAUGAUUUUACAACCUGGAUGAAAACUCUUGUUCUUGAAUAUCAAAAAAGUCAGUGUUUUACUGUGGAAAAUAAAACCAUAGGUGAAAAAAAAGUAGAAGAAGAGAAAAAGUAUGAAAGCGAAAGUGAAGAUGAGUCAACUGCUGGAAGUGGUGGUGGUGGGUGUAAAUCAACCAGUGGAACAAGUGGAAUAAUUGAUGUUGAAGAUAUAGGAAAAGUUAUCAACAACCAAAAUCAAGAUGAAUAUGAUGAAUCGUUUGUGGGAGAAAAAACUGCACCAGUUAAUCGUGAGAUGGUUACCCCUUUAUUGAAAAAGUCAUUGGAAAAACAGGGGUACAAAAUUAUUGGAUCACAUUCUGGUGUAAAAAUAUGUAGAUGGACAAAGUCAAUGAUGAGAGGUAGAGGAGGUUGUUACAAACACACAUUUUAUGGUAUUGAAAGUCAUAGAUGUAUGGAAACUACACCAAGUCUUGCUUGUGCAAAUAAAUGUGUUUUUUGUUGGAGGCAUCAUACAAAUCCUGUUGGUACAGAAUGGAAAUGGGCAAUGGAUGAUCCAAAUAUUAUUGUUGAAAAAGCUAUGGAAAACCACUACAAAAUGAUUAAGCAGUUUAAAGGCGUUCCAGGUGUCAAGUUAGACAGAUUCCAAGAAGCUAUGGAUAUUCAACAUUGUGCUUUAUCACUUGUGGGAGAACCAAUAAUGUACCCAGAAAUCAACAAGCUAAUAAAUCUUUUGCACGGAAAAAAAAUUUCUACAUUUUUGGUAACCAAUGCUCAAUUUCCAGAUGCUAUCAAACAGUUAAAGCCUGUAACUCAGCUUUAUGUAAGUGUUGAUGCUGCAACAAAAGAAAGUUUAAAACGAAUCGACAGGCCUCUAUUUCGUGACUACUGGCAACGAUUCUUAGACAGUUUAUCGGCUUUAUCUGAAAAGGGUCAACGGACUGUGUACCGGCUUACGCUAGUUAAAGCUUUCAAUACAGAAGAAAUUGAAUCCUACGCAAAAUUAGUUAGUCUUGGACAACCAGGUUUUAUUGAAGUCAAGGGUGUAACCUAUUGUGGAGAAUCAAAAGCAUCAAGUUUGACCAUGGAAAAUAUUCCAUGGCAUGAAGAAGUUGUAAGUUUUGUCAAAACAUUAGCUGAAUCUCUUCCUGAUUAUGAGUUAGCGUCAGAACACGAGCAUUCAAAUUGUGUUCUUCUAUGUCAUAAAAGAUUCAAAAUAAACAAUAAGUGGCAUACUUGGAUUGAUUAUGCAAAGUAUCAUGAAUUAAUUAAAGCUUAUGAAGAUUCAAACGGAAAGAAAACAUUUUCGGAUAUGGAUUAUUUAGCUCCAACACCUGAAUGGGCAGUCUUUGGUGAUGACAGAAAAGGUUUUGAUCCUAAUGAAAGUAGGUGGCAUAGAAAGAAGAAAAAGGAUAUUAGUGGUUGUUAAUGGCUUCGAUGAUCCUAUCAACUAAAAUUUCAAGAACUUCAUUAGAUAAUUUGGGCUUUGGGCUUUGGGCUUUGUUUAUGUUCUCUACCAUAAAUAGAUUUGUAUAUACUCACUACCAAUCAUGUUUGGCUUUAAUGCAUUCAAGCAGUGAUUUGAUGCAACAUUUCAAACUUUAUUAAUUUGUAAGCUAUGUAAUUUAAAGGCUAUGUAAGUUACACAAGUAAAUUUUAUAGCUCAAAAAAAUGUACUUACACAUUUAAUAACCAAUUAAAUGAUGUUAACAUUA